AUGACACUCCCCUACGACCCCCCAAUCCAAUUUCUAAAAACCUACCUCUAUAACAACACCAUCACCAACCCAACAGCCUACACCUCAGCCCGCACAGCCCUGCUCGACGCAUUAGGCUGCGCAAUCGAAACAGCCUCGAAAAGCCCCGAAGCCCAGAAGCUCCUUGGCCCACGAGUCCCAGAUACAAUCGUUCCCAAUGGAUUCAGAGUCCCGGGUACGAUAUACCAGUUGGAUCCGGUGAAGGGGGCGUUCGAUUUAGGUGUUCUCAUUAGGUAUAUGGAUCAUAAUGAUGCUCUUGGAGGGAGGGAGUGGGGACAUCCUUCCGAUAAUCUAGCAGCUAUACUCUCCGUAACAGACUGGCUCUGUCGAACCAACGAACCAACCCGCAAAGGGCCCCCAUUGACAAUGCAUACCCUCCUCACGGCCCUCAUAAAAGCCUAUGAAAUCCAAGGCAUCUAUGCGCAAAGCAACGCCUUCAACACCCACGGUACAGACCACGUCAUCCUCGUCAAGCUCGCCUCGGCAGCCGUCGUCUCCUGGCUCCUUGGCUUAACCGAGUCCCAGACAAUGGCUACCAUCUCGCACGUCUGGAUGGACGGUCAUCCGAGCCGGGUCUACCGCAGCGCGGAGAAUACAAUCCCCCGGAAAGGAUGGGCGGCGGGAGAUGCGUGCAUGCGGGCAGUUCACUUGGCGUUGCUGGUUAGGGCUGGGCAAGUUGGUGUGUCUUCUGUGUUGAGUGCGGUCCCGUGGGGGUUUUAUAAGCGAGAUUUCGGUGGGGAGAGGUUUGAGUUCCCCAGGGAGUUUGGGGAUUGGACGGUUAGGAAUGUCUUGUAUAAAGUUAUGCCGGUUGAGGGGCAUGGGAUUGCAGCUGUUGAGGCGGUUUUGGUUCAGCGGGGGCGGCUUUUGGAGAUGGGAUAUGUUGUGGGUGACGUAUCAAGGAUUGAAAUAAGGACCACUAGAGCAGCAGAUCUUAUUAUUAAUAAACGGGGUCCGUUGGGAAAUGCGGCGGAGAGGGAUCAUUGUAUCCAGUUCGUUGUUGCUUUGGCGUUGUUAAAGGGGGGCGUGCCUGAGGUGGGGGAUUAUCUGGAUGAGAGUUGCUGGGUGAGGAGUCAGGAGUUGGAGAGCCUGCGGGAGAGAGUAGUUGUUGUGCCGGACCAUCGGUUGACGGCUGAUUAUCUGGAUCUGGAGAAGAAGAGUAUUGGGUCGGGUUUGACGGUGUGCCUAAGUGAUGGUACUGUCCUGCCGGAGGUGCUGGUGGAGUAUCCAAUUGGUCAUGUCAGGAAUCCCGACACUUCAGCUGCUGUUCGAGAUAAAUUCAUGAGAAACAUGCGUUUGGUGUUCUCGGAUACUCAUAUCGCUAAAAUUCUGGCUGCUGUGGAGGACGAUGAGAUGAGUAUUUCGGAGUUUGUCAAUUUGUUCUGGCUCCAAGGGUCAAGCACCAAGCUUUGA